CGAUUUUGAACCGGAUCUGGCGGCAGGGUUUCACGCCGCCGUUAGUGAGGCGCGCCGCUGGUGGACAGCAACUCUCCUGGGGUGCGGCGGCCGGAGAGUGAGCACCGCGGGCUGAACGGGGUUGCGUGUGCGCGGGGCCGGGAGCCUCGAAAGAUGGAUACUACAAUAGUGAAUUUGUGGACUCUGUUUGAGCAGCUUGUGCGCCGAGUGGAGAUUAUCAAUGAAGGAAAUGAAACCAUUGAAUUCAUCCAGGUCGUGAAGGACUUCGAGGACUUCAGAAAGAAAUAUCAAAGAACCAACCAGGAGCUGGAGAAAUUCAAAGACCUGCUGUUGAAGGCCGAGACCGGGCGGAGCGCUCUGGACGUCAAGCUGAAGCAUGCCCGCAACCAGGUGGAUGUGGAGAUCAAGCGGAGGCAGCGCGCAGAGGCUGAGUGCGCCAAGCUGGAACAACAGAUUCAGCUGAUUCGAGAUAUACUCAUGUGUGACACAUCUGGCAGUAUUCAGCUAAGCGAGGAACAAAAAUCAGCUCUGGCUUUUCUCAACCGAGGCCAAGCUGGCAACGCUGGGAACAAUAGACUGUCAACGAUUGAUGAAUCUGGUUCCAUUUUAUCAGAUAUCAGCUUUGACAAGACUGAUGAGUCACUGGACUGGGAUUCUUCUUUGGUGAAGAAUUUCAAAAUGAAGAAGCGAGAAAAGAGGCGCUCCAGCAGUAGACAGUUCAUCGACGGCCCUCCUGGGCCUGUGAAGAAAACGUGUUCCAUUGGCUCUACAGUAGACCAGGCAAAUGAAUCAAUAGUUGCAAAAACCACAGUGACUGUUCCCAGUGAUGGUGGACCCAUUGAAGCUGUGUCUACUAUUGAGACAUUGCCAUCCUGGACCAGGAGUCGAGGGAAAUCAGGACCUUUACAACCUGUGAACAGUGACUCUGCUCUGAACAGCAGGCCACUGGAGCCAAGAACUGAGACAGACAAUUUGGGCACUCCUCAGAAUAAUGGAGGCAUGCGUUUGCAUGACUUUGUCUCAAAGACGGUUAUUAAGCCUGAAUCUUGUGUUCCGUGUGGAAAGCGGAUCAAGUUUGGCAAGCUGUCUCUGAAGUGUCGAGACUGUCGUCUGGUCUCGCAUCCAGAAUGUCGGGACCGAUGUCCCCUUCCCUGCAUUUCCCCCUUGGUGGGAACUCCAGUUAAGAUUGGGGAGGGGAUGCUGGCAGAUUUUGUGUCGCAGACUUCCCCGAUGAUCCCUGCUAUUGUUGUCAGCUGUGUGAAUGAGAUUGAGCAGCGAGGCCUGACUGAGGCAGGCUUGUACAGGAUCUCAGGCUGUGACCGGACAGUAAAAGAGCUGAAAGAGAAAUUCCUGAAAGUGAAAACUGUCCCCCUCCUCAGCAAAGUGGACGAUAUCCAUGCCAUCUGCAGCCUCCUCAAAGACUUCCUUCGGAACCUCAAAGAACCCCUUCUGACCUUUUGGCUAAGCAAAGCCUUCAUGGAGGCAGCAGAGAUAACAGAUGAAGACAACAGCACAGCUGCCAUGUACCAGGCUGUCAGUGAGCUGCCCCAGGCCAACAGGGACACGCUAGCCUUCCUCAUGAUCCACCUACAGAGAGUGGCUCAGAGUCCAAACACUAAGAUGGAUAUUGCCAAUCUAGCUAAAGUCUUUGGCCCUACAAUAGUCGCCCAUACUGUGCCCAAUCCAGAUCCAGUGACAAUGUUCCAGGACAUCAAACGUCAGCUCAAGGUGGUGGAGCGCCUGCUCUCUCUGCCCCUGGAGUACUGGAAUCAGUUCAUGAUGGUGGACCAAGAGAACAUUGACAGCCAGCGUGGCAAUGGAAAUUCAACCCCACGCACACCAGACGUUAAAGUGAGUUUAUUGGGGCCUGUGACCACUCCUGAAUUCCAGCUUGUCAAGACUCCUUUAUCAAGUUCCCUGUCACAGAGAUUGUACAACCUCUCCAAGAGUACACCCAGAUUCGGGAACAAGAGCAAGUCUGCCACCAACUUAGGUCAACAGGGCAAAUUUUUCCCUGCUCCGUACCUCAAGUAAAGCAGUCCUGCCCAGCGCCCAGCCCAGUGUGUGCUGACUGCAGGAGACACACCCGUUUGCUCUUCUGCCUCCUGUGUAAUUACUACUUUUAGCAUUUUCAGGCUUUAAAUAAAGUUUAAUGCAUUUGA